AGUCUGCCACUGACAAGGAAUAUCUGCCAUUUUCCACGUCGCAGGAGGCUGCAGCCCUGAUCCAGAGGACCGGGAUCCAGGCACAGGCACCGCCGCAGAGCCCCGUAGCUGGAGUCAUGCAGUCCUUCAGAGAGCGAAGUGGUUUCCAUGGCAACCAGCACUGCUACCAGCAGGAACCCCAAGAAUUAUCGCGCCUUGAGAGUUAUAGACAUCAUCACAGCCAGUCCAGACAGGGCUACGAGCCACACUCUCUAGCUGCUGCAGGGAUGUCAACAGAGGGAGUGGGUUCUAAAGAUUGUUAUGGACAGCAGACCUAUCCCAUCUACACCAGCACCAGUGGUACUCAGACUAAAAAAACUUAUAGAGGAGCCAAAACUCCAAACCAGCAUCUGCAGGCUGGCUACAGCAAUCACAUGGGCACUGGAUACACAACCCAGUACAUGAGUGAAGGUCACUUGCAGCAAAAAUGGGAUGAGUCACCUCAGAUGACCCAAUUUGAGCAGGACAUGGGACGACUGGAGUCUGGGGUCAGUGGGUCAUCCCAGUAUCUAGAGCAGAACAUGCUAGCUAUCUCUCAAAGUCAGUGCCAUCUACCUUCGCAGUCCUCUGCCCCAACCUAUACAAGUCCCCAUCAACAGGGCCUCCCACCCAAUCCAGCACCAUCUCCUUUACUGUAUCCACAGGGUCACCUUCAUUUCCCUCAGCACUCACAACCCCCGUCUUCAUCUUCGUCAUCUUAUAUGGAGAAAUGUAAUACAAUGCCACAUGGCUACAAAGGCUAUGGUAUACCACCUAAUGUCCAGUAUGGAAGACAACUCAGCAAUCACAACAGUCUAAAGCAGAGUGGAUACAGACCUCAGAAUAAUUAUGGUUAUCAGCAAACUCCAUCAAGAUCAGGAUUUGAUCAGGGUUCCCUGCAAGGAAUGUCUGGUACACAAGAGAACCUUCAGAAAUUCCAGCACUACAAUCAACCCCAGCAAAACUACUGCAUAACAGAUAUUUCUGUAAGGUCACCAGAACAAUACUACCAGACCUGCAGUCCUAGUUCUAGUCAUUCACCUGCAAGGUCUGUGGGAAGAUCUCCCUCAUACAAUUCCACACCAUCCCCCUUAAUGCCAAACCCCGAUUCAUUCCAGUAUGGCCAACCUCCCAUCAACCCUGGGGCUUCAUCAUCCACAGGUUUGCAAGACCAAAAUAUGCUGAUGCCCCCUCAUACUCAUUCAUCACCCAGUGUGAACCACCAGUCCCAGAGCUAUUCUGGCUCCAUGAAAGAACGAUUUUCGGAAAAGCUCUUGUCCAACCCCAGUUUGUGGAGCCUCAAUGCCCUGACGUCUCAGGUUGAAAACAUCUCCAACAAUGUCCAGCAUCUGCUGCUGUCUGAGGCCCUUAUGGCUAACAAAAAGACCAGCAAGCGAAAUCAUCCAAAAAAGGGAGAAGACUUCAGAGGUCAGUUAAAGGGUAUGGAAGAGUCAUCUUGUCCUGAUAACCAACAUGGUGCUCCUCCAUCUGAUGCUUACACCAUUUCCAGGUCCAUGACAGCAGAACUGCAGGAGGGAGGAUACUCUAACAGCACUGAGGACCAGAUGGACAGGAGCUACUACUAUUUUGGGCAGGAAAAAGGUCAAGCACAAACCCAGACACACUCACAUCUCAGCCUUGACACAGUGUCUACUUGCUCCUUAAACUCAGCUGAUGAUGUAUCCGUUAGGUCAGGUGACUCAGUUCGAAGUCUCCAGAGUGUAGCGUCUGAGGAUAAUCUCAACUGUGACCCAAGAGUACAGAGAGUAUUGACUGGAGAAGUGCCCAACAGCUCUCUCCGUUGCAUUAGAGAUGAGAGGUCUCCUAUCAGUGUAACAGCUCCAAGUCCUAUGAAACAAGAGAGUAAUUCACCACCAGACAUAAAGAGUUCAGAGAGCACUCUAAAGGAGAACUUUGAGGAGUCAGCAUGGACUGAGAGGAUGACUGAUGAGGAGGAAACUGGACAAAGAAAGCUGUCUGCAGUGCAUGAGUGCAAAGGAGAGGUUGCAGGAAAGCAAGAGAAGUGGCUGGAGGAUGAGAAAAGUGCUUCUCUUUUUCAUAAAAUAAAUAAAGCAGUAUUAGAGGAAGGUUAUUCAUACGAAACAGAAGAAAAUAUCUACCAAGGACUGCAAAACAAAUUUGAUUCAGAAAAAGAAAACUCAGCGGAGAUGGACUGUUUUUCUGAACUUAAUCACAAAUGUAAUGAAGGCACAGAAAUAAAGUUAGAAAAUUUCAAAUCAGAGCCACAGACCAAUGCUGAAAUGUUUGUGAAAACAUCACCCAGCAAUUCAGGCACUGAUCUGUAUUUGCCGGAGAAAGAAGAAAAUUCAAAGAUUGGGAAUUCCAUUGAGAGCCUCACAUGCACUGAGGGACCAGUGGACACCAUUGAGGAGCAGCCGUCUGUCCUCUCCCAUAAUUCCACUGAGGUGAGAGAUGAAAAGGAGAGUCUGACAACCUCAGAGGAGGUCAUUAAUAAUAGAGAAAGACCACAAGAGUCCUUUGCAGAAGUCUGCAGUACAUUUGAGGAGAUGGGAAACAUGCCACAAGUCAACACAGAAACUGCAGAAAGCAUUGCCCAAGACACACAACACAGAAGCAACGAAAGGAGGUCAGCCAUAUGUGACAUUGCACCUCAGCCUCACACUACCAAGAUUGGCUUCUCAGCUUUCAAUGAGAAAACAACACCUUUGGCUCAGGCUAGGGAUCAUCACAUUGAUCGUAGUGAUGCAAAGGUACUGGAGCCUGACUCUCCUCAGUUGCCAGGCAAGUCAAUACUGCACUCUGCACCAUCUUGGGCUGACACCCCACCCUCUCCCAAAAAAGGGGAUGAGGAUAUGGAACUGGGUAUAAGCUGUCCCAGUGCAGUGACUCCCUCGGCCAAACCAGAGCCUAUGGCCCCAUCUGCACAUACAAGAAUGUUCGGUAAGAAACAUGCACGGGGCAGGAGAAGACUAAUGCAUUCAAGUGUGGGAAUCAGAAGGCAGCUAAGUGUAGAAGGAGACCGUGCUCCACCUUCUGCCAAAAAUCCCAGUAUGCCCUCCAGCAAAAGCACCCUUCUUCUUGAUCAGUUGGAAACUGCCCACCAGGAUAUUAGCAGUCAAACACCAAAACUUGUGACAGAGAGUUUACCAUCAAGGAUGUGCACUCGCUCCUAUGGUUCACAAAGUAGCCCAAAAGUCUGCCCUCAAGAGAGAAAGAAACCAGGUCCAAAGCCUGGUCCAAAAUCAGGUUCAAAACCAGGUGUGAAGCCAGGUCCAAAACCAGGUCCAAAGCCUGGUCCAAAAUCAAAUCUAAAACCUGGACCAAAGUCUAGUCCAAAAUCAAUUUCAAAACCUGGUCCAAAACCAGGACCUAAACCUGAAGUUAUGCCCAGUGUAAAAUCUGGCCCCAAAACAAGUUUAAAAUGCACAGGACCCACAGAAAAUGCAAAGCCUGGUCCAAAACCUGCUUUAAAGCCAGGUCCUAAACCUGGUCCUCAAUCUGUUUCUAAACUAGGCUCAAAUCCUGCAGCUUUGGCAAGAGAAAUACCUUUUCCAAAGCCAAGUCAAACCACCACAGAGUCAAAGCCAAUUGAGGGGUCAGUACCUAAAGGCCGACCAAGAGGAAUCACCUCUAAGAUCAAAUCAAUAAAACAAGAUGAAAAUGUUCAGAUUACAAAAGACCAUACCAAAGACACACACUGUACACAUGAACUUAUUUUGAAAGAUGUGACCACAGCAUUAACUUUGGACACACUUGUUGGUGUUAUGGACACCACUAUGGAUGAAACUGUGGGUUCCACUUUGGAAUCUACUCUAGACAGCAGCUGUGUGAAGUCCUUUGCAAGAGACCAAAAGUCCAUGGUGCUGAGAUCACGGAAACAAACAAGAGAAAAGCUGACUGAAGUUAAAGAGCAAGAGAAUGAUAAAUCAGCUGAGACACCUUCAGCAAUGUUCAUACACUCACAAAUACAGGAUAUUAGCGUGGAUCAGUCAUGUAAGACCGAAUCUUCAAAUCUUGAAUUACCUAAGCAGAAGGACGUUUCUACAGACUCACUUCAACAACAAAAUGAAGAGGUGGUUUGUAUCAAAAGAAAAUCCAGUUUAUCAUCCUCAGAAAGCAAAAAGAGAAAGAAAGGUGUGAAAGAAAGUGAAGUGAAGACACAGGAGCCUCCAUCAGAUACAGUCACAGGAGUCUGUACUGCAAAGGGAAAGCGAAAGAGAGGACAACAUUUACAAGUAAAAUCUGUAAGGACCACUUUGACCACUGAUAACCCUCCCACUGAUGACAUAAGUGACAUGCCUUCUGUUCCUCCUCAGUGUCCCACUAAAACCAAAUAUUUGCCUCCUCGGAAAGGCAGGGGACUUAAAUAUGAGGCAAUGGUUCAGAAAAUCACAUCUCCGGGGUCCAAAAAGCAACCUGUAAAUAUUCAACCAGAUAUUGUACCAGAAGAAUCAACAUUAAAACCUUUGCCACAGGUAUCAGAGCAGAAAGAGACAAUGAAUGCCCCUGAGGUGACUCAUGAGGCGGGCGAGAGUACAAUAAGUACACAAGAGACCCAAAAUACAGGAAUUCAAACUCCAAGGAAAAAGAGGAGAAAGUGGGCCACUGUAGAGAGCAGUGAUGCACCAGAUGUAGCCCUGGAGGCCGGGAGCCUCGUUAUCAACACACCAAGGCUAGCCAAACAGAGAGCCAUUAAAAACAACCAUGAGAUGCAUCUGAAGCAACGAAAGAGGAGAAGAAAAGGCAUUGAACCACCAGAAAGCAUCCCCAUCAUGGAGCCUCCUCACUCCUUCUCUUUACCAGAAACAGGUGAACAGACACAGUAUGAGGAGCCACCAGCAGAAUUAUACUCACCACUAAUAAAACCAAAACGAGGCAGGCGGCCAUCACUCAAAAACAAACAGGAGGACCUCUCAAGUCAAACAGAAGAUGACAAAGUAAAAGAGAAAAAAAAGCCUGGGCCCAAAAAAAAGGUUAUGAAUGUCCUCAAAGUUGUAGUGAAGAAACCUAACAUAAAGACAAAAUGCAGCAAUGAUCUCCGCCCAACAGUGAAAGGAACAUUAUCAGACUUGCAUCCAGCAAUGGAUAACGGAAAAUGUUCUUUUAGACCAUAUGUACACAUUGACAGUUCUUUGGAGCUAGCAUCUCUUUGUACCAUCGUCAACAGGCCUGAGGAAAAGCAGAUGCUCAGCCAGGCAAGAAAAAAGAGUGCAGCUAAAAUGAAAAAUGUAGUCACAGUUACCAAGGCAAACUCCUCGGUAAUGCUACAGGGGCCCUUAGUUAACAAAAGCCUAAUUGACAGGUGUCUAGAAAGGACAAAAGACCAUAAAGAAGUCCAUAUGAUUUGUGCAUUGUAUUCAGAGUCAUGA